AUGUACGUGUCGCUUACUUCAAGGCCAGAUUUGGCUGCCGCUGUAAAUUACUUCAGCCAAUUUCAGGCCUGUCCGAAUGAUGAAAAUUGGGUACAUCUGCGUCGAAUUCUUCGAUAUGUGAAAGCUACGUUGGAGCUAGGGUUGGUGUAUCAAGGAGGAACCGAUAGGCCGUUGUUGGAAGUCUUUACGGAUGCUGAUUGGGCAAGCGAUAUAGUAGAUCGACGAUCUGUAUCUGGAGCUGUCUUCAAAGUGUUUGGGGCAACUGUUAGCUGGAUGGCUAGGAAACAAGCAACGGUAUCCUUGUCUUCAACGGAAGCCGAGCUAGUGGCUCUUUGUGCUGCGGCUUGUCAUGGUCAAUGGUUGGUUCGUGUGCUCCUGGAUUUGGGACUGUCUAGCAAUGGACCGGUUCCAUAUCACGAGGAUAACCAGUCAACAAUUAAAAUAGUUUCGAACUCCAAGGAUCCAGGUCGUUUGAAACACAUUGACGUAAAAUAUUUCUAUGUACGAGAGCUAGUAGAAAGAGGAUUUAUUGAAAUCGACUACGUUCCUUCUGAGAAGCAGCAGGCAGACAUUUUAACGAAGGGUCUUCCUGCCCCGACGUUUAGAAAGUUGCGCGCUAGUCUGGGAUUGGCCGACUGCAGUGUUUGA